UUUAGCAUGUACAUUGCCGUUUUUAUCCAGCCUUUCCCGUGGUCCUUCUACACAGCCUCUGUUUUCAUUGGAAUUGCAGCUGCUGUACUUUGGACAGCACAAGGAAACUGCCUGACAAUAAAUUCAGAUGAGCACACUAUUGGGAGAAACAGUGGAAUUUUCUGGGCACUCUUACAAUCUAGCUUGUUCUUUGGAAAUCUCUACAUAUAUUUUGCUUGGCAAGGGAAAACUCAAAUAUCAGAGAGUGACCGAAGAACAGUGUUUAUUGCCCUUACAGUGAUUAGCCUUGUGGGGACAGUUCUCUUCUUUCUCAUUCGGAAACCAGAUUCUGAAAAUGUCCUGGGAGAAGAUGAAUCUUCUGAUGACCAGGACCUGGAUGUCAACGAGUCUGCCCAGAACAAUAUGACAAAGGCAGUAGAUGCAUUUAGUAAGUAUUUUCUGUGUCUGAAAUGCAGGAACUGUUCAGGAACGACUUCAGCAUUUGCCUUUCCCCCUUUCCCUGGUAACUUUGGAUUGACGAUACCCCAGUAUUUUCAUGUUUCCAGGUGUGCCGCUCUGAAAUAUGCUAGUCUGCUCAAAAAGUCUCUUAAGUUAUGUGUCACCAAGGAGAUGCUCCUUCUUAGCAUUACAACUGCUUAUACAGGUCUGGAAUUGACUUUCUUCUCUGGUGUAUAUGGAACCUGUAUUGGCGCUAUAAAUAAAUUUGGAACAGAAGAGAAAAGCCUCAUUGGACUUUCUGGCAUUUUCAUCGGCAUUGGAGAAAUUUUAGGUGGAAGCCUCUUUGGCCUGCUGAGCAAGAACAGUCGUUUCGGUAGGAAUCCAGUCGUGCUGUUGGGCAUCCUGGUGCAUUUCAUAGCUUUUUAUUUAAUAUUUCUCAACAUGCCUGCGGAUGCCCCUAUCGCUCCUGUUGAAGGAACUGACAGCAGUGCUUACAUCAAACCCAGCAAAGAAGUUGCCAUCUUCUGCAGCUUCCUGUUGGGUCUUGGAGACAGCUGCUUCAAUACCCAGCUGCUUAGUAUUCUAGGUUUUCUCUAUUCUGAAGACAGUGCACCAGCUUUUGCAGUCUUUAAAUUUGUGCAGUCCAUUUGCGCAGCCGUGGCAUUUUUCUACAGUAACUACCUUCUCCUUCAUUGGCAACUCCUGGUCAUGGUGAUGUUUGGGUUUUUUGGAACUGUUUCCUUCUUCACUGUGGAGUGGGAAGCUGCUGCCAUUGUAGCCCGGGGCUCUGACUACCGAAGUAUUUGAUGAGGGGUGCCCACGAGAGGAGGCUGCCUCUUCAGACAGCUCGGCUGGGCGGCAGGGCUCGGUGGAGGAGGCCCGCUCUCGUCUUCACAGCACAUUGGCGGGUGUUUAGGAUGGAAAAUCAGAGAUUUAAGACUGCUAAAUCUGCCAGAGUUGGUAUUCAAGUUUACAGAUGUUAGUUGUUUAAAACUAGUGGAAUAAGGGAGACUUGUACUGUCGAUUAUGAUUGUUCAAAGAUGUUGUUUUUCAGUUCAUCUGUCUCACGUUCCUUUUGAUCAUGUUAUCGAUGUGUAGAUGUUUUCUUCUCCCCCUGUUCUCUUUGAACGGUCAUGCUUUGAUUGAAACUACUAGGCCAUAUGUCAUAUAAAGACUCUUGCUGGGUAUGGCGUAUGUGUUACUAUGUAAUAAAAGGGAGCAUAUGCCACCCCACGCGUGUCUGGGAAUGACAUUUAAAUAAAUCAUGUGAUGCUGAAAUGGAAUCUUUGAAAAGAUUUGCACAUUCUUUCUCUUUAAAUGUUUUUGUUUGAUAAAGUUUUCUUACCUUGUAGUUCAUAGCAAGGGGUGGGGUGGUAAUCAAGUAUUAUGAAAUGAGGUAAAAAUUGUCUUAAGUUUUAAAAACAGGAACCUGACAUUUGUAAAUGAACAAAAACACAUUUACUGGGGGAGGAUUUUGCUAGUAAUUUUCCUGGAGGAUGCAAUGCGUUAAAAAAAAACACCCCAAAACACGUAGUGAGGUCUAAGCUAUGGUGGCAGGCUGCCGUCACUUACAUAUCUUCUUACAGCGGACACAUAAACGUGUCUGGGAAUGGAAUGUAACUAUUUGGGGAGAUGUUUAAAUGGAAAUGUUAACUUUAAUCCAUAAGAGCUUAAAACAAUUAUUUUAAUUGAGGUAUAAUUCAGACACCAUAAAAUUCACCAUUGUAAAGUAUACAGUUUAGUGUUUUUUUAGUACAUUCACAAGGUUGUACAACUGUCACCAUUAUCUUUUCCGAACAUUUUCAUCAUCCCAAAAAGAAGCCCCGUGCCUGUUAGUAGCCAUUCCCCAUUCUCUGGCCUGGUGAGCUCUUUAUUUGACUGGUAACAGUAAGCUCAUC